AUGGCGCAGGUGUCGGCGUCGUCGGCGUCGGCGUCAGCGGCGGCUUCGGCGUCGCGCGACUUGCACGACGUGGCGGCGAUGCAGCAGCGCCAGUCGUCGUCGUCGCGCGAGCAUGGCGGCCGCCGCUUCUACGUCGGCGGACGCGGACGGCAGGGGCGGUACGGGGCAGAGGACGACGACGAAGAGGAGGAGGAUGAAGAGGAAGAGGAAGAAGAAGACGAGGGCGUGCGGCAGGAGAUUGGUAGGAUUUAUCAGAGUGGAGCUGCGCUGGAUGGGGGCGAGGGGGACAUCAUCGACGAUGAGGAUGAGGAGGAGGACGACGACGACGACGACGACGACGACGAGCUGUCGACGUCGAGUGGAAGAAGGCAUGGGUUGCUGCUUCAGCCCGACCUCGAGGACUGGCCGCUGCUCGAGAGCCCGUACAUGACGCACUGGAACCACAAGCGGCACCUGACGGGCGGCAACCCCAAGCCGCGCAACGAGCGGGACCUGCCGGACUGGCGCAUGCGCGAGCGCCUCCGCACCGUCUCGGCUGCCCUCGUCCUCUGCCUCAACAUCGGCGUGGACCCGCCGGACGUGAGCAAGACGACGCCCUGCUCGAAGCUCAUCUGCUGGAUGGACCCCACGUCGAUCGAGGUAGCCAAGGCGCUGCCGGCGAUUGGCAAGAACCUACAGGCACAAUUUGAGACGCUGAGCAUGAAGACACGCUACAAGCAGUACCUCGACCCCAUCGUCGAGGACACGAAGCGCUUCUCGACCGCCCUGCGCCGUGGCGCCAAGGACGAGCGCGUGCUCUUCUACUACAACGGCUACGGCGUGCCCAAGCCCACGCCCGGCGGCGAGAUCUGGGUCUUCAACAAGGCAUACACCCAGUACAUUCCCGUCACCCUCUACGACCUGCAGGCCUGGCUCGGCAGCCCGUGCAUCUUUGUCUGGGACGCCAGUGCAGCAGGCAACAUCGUCGUCAACUUCAAGAGGCUCAACGAGCGCAAGAACGGCGCCGAGGAACUGGCCGCCUCUUCUUCUUCGUCUGCUGCUGCUUCCUCAUCAGCAUCAGCAUCAGCAUCAGCAUCAGCAUCAGGAACAGGAGCAACAGGAGCAACAGGAGCAGGAGCAACGAGAAACGCAGAAGAACCGCACUUUGCGCUCCGCGAGUCCAUCCACCUCGCCGCCUGUGCGCCCGACGAGGUGCUGCCGAUGAACCCGGACCUGCCGGCGGACCUCUUCACCUGCUGCCUCACCUCGCCCAUCGAGAUCUCGCUCCGCUGGUUCGUGCUCCAGAACCCGCUGCCGUCGUCGCUCAACGUCGAGAUGGUCAUGAACAUCCCCGGCCGGCUCCAGGACCGGCGCACGCCCCUCGGCGAGCUCAACUGGAUCUUCACCGCCAUCACCGACACGAUUGCCUGGACGGUGCUCCCGCGGACCAUCUUCCGGCGCCUGUUCCGCGACGACCUCAUGGUGGCCGCGCUGCUGCGCAACUUUCUCCUGGCCGAGCGCAUCAUGCGCUUCUACCACUGCACGCCCAUGAGCCACCCGAAGCUGCCGCCGACGCACACGCACCCGCUCUGGGACAGCUGGGACCUGGCCGUGGACCAGUGCCUGUCGCAGCUGCCGACGCUGCUGGCCAAGGAGCACGCCCAGCAGCUGCUCCAGCAGAACGGCGGGCCGCCCCUCGAGCCGCACCUGGCCUCGUUCGAGUACCGCCACAGCACGUUUUUCAGCGAGCAGCUCAAGGCAUUCGAGGUCUGGCUUGCCCAGGGGGGCGUCAGCCGCCGCAGAAGGGGCCCUGUGGAUGAUGGCAGCAGCGACGCCGAGCCGGUGCGCGAUCCCCCGGACCAGCUGCCCAUCGUGCUGCAGGUGCUCCUGUCGCAGGUCCACCGCCUCCGUGCCCUCAUCCUCCUCAGCCGCUUCCUUGACCUGGGGCCCUGGGCGGUGAAUCUGGCGCUGAGCAUCGGCAUCUUUCCCUAUGUGCUCAAGCUGCUCCAGAGCCCCGCAGCCGACCUCAAGCCCGUGCUCAUCUACAUCUGGGCCCGCAUCCUGGCCGUCGACCGGAGCUGCCAGAACGACCUGCUGCGCGACAACGGCUUCGUCUACUUUGCCGGCGUCCUCAGUCCCUUUCAGCAGCAGCAGUCAAAUCAGCAGCAGCAGCAACAAGCACAGUCGAGCCAGCAACAGCAGCAACAGGCCGGCGCGGGCCUGGGUGCCGUCGAUGGGGGAGCCGGCAGCAGCCCCUUUACGGCACCCAACGUCUCGGAGCACCGGGCCAUGUGCGCAUUCAUCAUCUCCGUCUUCUCCCAGGACUUUCUCGCCGGACAGCAGGCCUGCCUCCAGACCGACGCCAUGGACUCGUGCCUCGAGCACCUCGACGACGACGACUUUCUCCUGCGCCAGUGGAGCGCCCUGUGUCUGGCCCAGCUGUGGGACGACUCGAGCGACGGAAAGGCCAAGGCGGUGGCCAAGGAUGCGCACGGCAAGCUGUGUGUCAUGCUCAGCGAUGUCGCCCCCGAGGUCCGGUCGGCUGUUCUGUAUGCACUCGGCAUCCUUUUGGGGGCUAGCGGCUCGUCGUACGAUGCCAGCGACGCCAAGCCCUCGCUGCCGACGAACCCAAUCACCUCGCGCCACGUCCAGACACGGCCCCACUGCCUCGGCACCGGCUCCCUCACGGGCCUCGACGAGAGCAAGCAGCGGAGCCUCGAGGUUGGCAUUGCCGUCACGAUGCUCGCCACAAACGGCGACUGCUCGCCCAUGGUCCGCAAGGAGCUCGUCAUUGCCCUGAGCCCCGUCGUGCGCGAGUACCAGGGCUUCUUUGUCUUGGCGGCCUUUUUGUACUAUGACCGCGAGCAGCACCGCGCCCAGGCAGCGCCCGAAGACGAGGCGGCGGGGCAGGAGGCGCUGCUGAAGCGGAUCCUGAGCAAGCUUGCGCUCCAGGAGGGCAUCGACGAGGUCGACAUUGCCAACAUCCCUGCCUUUACCACCAUCUUUGUCUCGCUCCUCGACCUCGCCGCCGACUCGCACCCCGAGGUGGCGAGCAUGGCCUGCACUGUCGUCGACUACAUCACCGCCCUCCUCCUCGAGACAGGCGUGUACGAGGCCAGCGGGGCGGCCGACGUGAGCAGCCGGCUCGUCGAUGCGACGAACCGCGUCGUGACGCCGACGAGCACGCUGCCCUUUGCCGAGGGCUACUUUCCCUACACGCCCCGCUCCCGGCUCAGCGUCGGCGUCGGCGCUGGGGGCAUCGCCAAUGGCUCCGAUGAGGCCGCGCCCCAUGCCAACGGCACGCCCAGGAGCCCCGGUCUCGCACAGUCGCACUCGCACUCGCACUCGCACUUGCACUCGUCGCAUCACCAGCACCAGCAACAUCAGCACCAGCACCAGCACCCGGCCCACCAGCGAGAGCAGCAGCGCAGGACACCGUCGCUGGCGCAGACGGUGAAGGCCAUCGCCACGCUCGGCUACUCGCGGCCCUCGUCGCCCACUGGCUCUCCGACAGCGACGGAUGGCAUGGCAGACCGGGCGACGGACAGCCCGCCACUGAUGCCCCAGGCCGCCAGGAUACCCGCGCCGAGGUUCAAUUCUGCGCGCUACAUCUCGCCCUAUACUGCCGCCGCUGCGGCUGCUGCUGCUGCUGGUGGCACCAGUUCUGCCUCGUCGCCCCAUGCGCCAGCGUCGCCUGCGGAAGACGCCGCGGCGGAUGCCAAUGCUGCCGGCGCCAUGAGCCAGCGCUCGAUGAGCGCCGAGUCGCUCGCGCAGAUUGCUCGACUCCAGGAGAAGCGGCGCGCAGCGGCGAGCAGCAAGGCCAAUGGCCACACCACGCCGACCCGGCGCGAGGGUGCCGCAGCAGCAGCAGCGGCGACAACGACAGCAGAGACAGAAGCAGCAGCAGCAGCAGCAGCAGCAGGGGCGACUCGCCGGCAAGAUGACGAGCCGACGCGGCAGCAGGACGACGCCAAGGUCGCCGAUGCCCUCUGUGCCAUUGUCGCCGCUGACCUCGCCCGGUUCCGCCAGCGGCCCGCCGUGUCGGCCGAGGGCGUGUCUGCGCUCAAGGACCUGACGCCGUCGACGAGCGCGGGCAACACGCCGUUCCCGAGUCCGUCGGUGUCCAAGGCGCCCUCUCCGCAGCCGCAGCAGUCGCAGCAGCAGGGAGCACAAGGGCAAGGGCAAGGACAGGGGCAGACGCAGGGACAAGGGCAGGGACCGGCGCUGAGGGAGACGCUGCCGCUCAAGAGCAGGCUGUUUGCGUGGUGCAGCGAGUACUACACGGAGCCGCAGAUGAAGCAGGCCGAGGACGACGAGCCGGGGAGCGUCAAGUACAACGUCCAGACGUGGCGGCGCGAGCGCAACGAGCGCCUUGUCUGCGAUGCCUCCGAGCAGGUCGUCCGCCUGUCGUCGUCGCGAGGAGGAGGAGGAGGAGGAGGAGGGACAUCAUCAAAGCGGAGAGAGGAAUGGACAGAGCAUGUGGCCACGAUGCAGGUCGGUGCGCCACCCUCGGCGAUGCUCAUGCACCAGUUUGAGAGCUGGAUCGUCACCGCCAGCGAGCAGGACACCGUCGCCGUGUGGGACUGGGAGCGCCACCGGCUCCUCUCGCGCUUCCAGAACGGCAACCCACCGGGGACCAACAUCACCAGCCUGGCCUUUGUCAAUGAGGACGUCGAUGCGAUGCUCCUCGUGGGCUCGGCCGACGGUGAUGUGCGCAUAUACUCGCACUUUGAUGGUUCUUCAGGCGGGCCGGAGCUCGUCAGCAGCCUGCGCGCCCUGCCGGACCUCGUCCGCAGCAAGCGGCCCUCGGGCCUCGUCGUCGACUGGCAGCAGGUCACGGGCCGCCUGCUCGCUGGUGGCGACUCGCGCGUGCUGCGCGUGUGGGAUGCCCACCGGGAGCUGUGCCUGUGCGACAUCCCUACGCGGGCAUCGAGCUGCGUGACGAGCCUGUCGAGCGAGGUCGACGUCGGCCACAUCUUUGUCGCCGGCUUUGGCGACGGCACCGUGGGCGUGUACGACAUGCGCAACCCGCCCGAGUCGACGCUCGUCCGCCUCUGGGAGGAGCACCAGACGUGGGUAAACCGGGUGCAGCUGCAGCGCCGGGGCAACCGCGAGCUCGUCUCGUGCAGCGUCGACGGCGAGGUCCGCCUGUGGGACAUUCGCGCCCGCAGCUCGAUCCGCGCCACCAACGUGGCCACGGGCCUGCUCCGCGGGGCCAAGGUCGGCAGCAUGGCCGUGCACGAGGCUGCGCCCCUCUUUGCCGUCUCGUCGCGGCCCCGCCCCGGCGGUGGUGCAACGGCCAAGGGCGCCUCGACGCCCGGACUGGGGCCCAUGCUCGUUGGCAUGGCCCGUCUGAAUGCGUUUGAGGACGACGACGCCACUAACGACAGCUUUGGCACCCGCUUUGGCUCCAGGGGCAUUGUCCGCCACUUUUCCCCGGCCACGGCAUCCCAGGCUGCUCAGACGCUCUUCUACCCACCGUCGAUCUACGCGGCCUCACCGCUGCACUCCCACCCUUCGUCGCAGCCGCACCAGCCGGGCUCAGCGCAGACAGCAGCAGCGGCAGGUGGUAGCAGCAGCAGUGCCGCCGCCGCCGCCGCCGCCGCCUCGUCGUCGGUCUUUGACGCCAGCCUCGGCGCGCCGCUGGACGCCAUCAACCCGAGCCCGUCGCCCUUUUCGCCCGCCUCGGGCUGCCUCGCCUUCCACCCGCACUGGCCCAUCCUCGCCUUUAGCGCCCCCGAUCGCGCAGGCACCACGACGCUCGUGCGGCCUGCCGGCUCGGCCGAGGCUGCGGGCCUGCUCGUGCCCAUGCAUGCGUCCGCCAGCGCGCAGGGCCUCUCGCACGCGGUCGGCGGCCUCGUCGACGGUGUCCGCCACGACGACGGUGGCGACGGCGGUGGCGAUGGCGAAGACGCAGAUGCGACACCGACGACAUCGGAGAUUGUGAGCGAGUGGAUGGGCAAGGUGCCCAUCCCGGACUGGGACCAUGCUCGAAAGGUCGGCGUCGCCGAGGGUGGCGCCGCCGCCGACCACCAUGCCGAUGCGGCUCGCGGCAGUGGCAGCGGCAGUGGCAUCGUCAGGCCCAAGAGCCUGUUUGGCUUUUGAAAAAACUUCUUGUACAACUCUCUCUAACUCUCACUCAUACUGCAGCAACCUGUGAUGUUCAAUUAUCGAUUCCUGAGACACAAUGAGUGUCGCCGUGCCCAGUCAGAU